GGCCGGCUCAGCGAUCUCCGACAAACUCCAUGCAACCAGUCCCAUCUUGCAUCCCUUGGAUAUGUUACUCCAAUAGUUUGCAGAAGGACUUGUUUUUCUUGGUCCGUUGUGCGGCCAGUCACCUCGUCGCCAUGGCUGUCGGUCAUUGUAUGUGCCGAGCCAUUUCCGUCGUUGUACCACCUUGGAAAAUGAGCCACCUCUUCCUUUUGCCCGUAUCUUUCCGUCAGCAACGCCUGACACAUAUUUCAGGUGGUCUUUUGCUCCGAAAGUACAAGGCAACAAGGUUCGCCAAAAAUUGGGUUAUACUCGGAACUCUUGAACACAGAGGCUGGUUGCCCAGCGUCAUCUUGUCACUUUGGGCUUGGCACCGGCAUUUGAUGGGAAUGGCUAUAAACGCGUCAAAUAACGGCUUCCCGUCCCUGUUUCUGUCGUCACUCGAGCGGCUACUUAUCGAUGUCUGGACCGCAUUGUGCUUCUUGGUACCCAAUCUGCGAGAAGCUACCCCUGGAUGAUCAAACAAACAAGGGGACAUACAAGCUAGUGCCUCAGCGAUACUCAGCUGUUGAGAUACUCCCGGUCUGUUGUCCAUAUCACCGCUGUCGAUAGUGUCGCUUCGGUCGCCGAGACACAAGGGACUUUACACGGCCUCCCUUUCUCAACGAGUAAUAUCCGUUUCGAGGUCGUCAUACCUGGUCUUCAAGUCAUCACAGCUCCUUCAUUCUACCCUCAUACUGGCGUUUUUCAUCAUGGCAUCUGCUUUCAGACGAGGCAGUGAAGCUCUCUUCGAUCCCAGCACUGAGCCACGACCACCAUGUGUUUCCAGGCGUCCUAGUAGGGCAAUGCUAAAUCUUCAUCGUGUUUAUGAGCAGAAUCGACAACGAGUUCAACAAAAUCUCAAAGAUGGUGUCAAGGUACCCGAACCGAUAGCAGUCCCUCAUGCCAAGGGCAAGCCCCGUCUUCUCCUAAUGGGGCAGCGAAGGAGUGGAAAAUCGUCUAUAUCAAGCGUCGUUUUUCACAAGCUACCGCCAAAUGAGACAUUAUUCUUGGAGUCAACGGCCAGGAUCCAAAAAGAUAGUUUAAACUCGUUUAUGGAGUUCCAAGUCUGGGAUUUCCCUGGACAAAUCGAUGUUUUUGACAACCCCGCCUUCCCCUUUGAUAUGGACGCUAUUUUCGGCGAGAUUGGCGCUCUCAUCUGGGUCAUUGACGCCCAAGAUGAUUAUCUCGAAGCCGUUGCACGCCUUAACGCCACUAUUCUCCACCUACAGCGCAGCUACCAGCACAUCAACAUCGAAGUUUUUAUCCACAAAGUCGACGGCCUUUCCGAUGACUAUAAGCUAGACAUCCAGCGCGACAUCACCAUCCGCAUCCAGGAUGAGCUGUCGGACCAAGGGGUUGAGAACGCACCGGUGAACUUCCACCUCACCAGUAUUUACAACCACAGCAUCUUCGAAGCCUUUAGUAAAGUUAUCCAGAAGCUGAUCCCCCGCCUCGGCCAGCUCGAGGCCAUUCUCACCAACCUAUGCCGGACCUGCCGCUUCGAAAAGGCCUACCUGUUCGACGUCAACACCAAGAUCUACAUUGCCACCGACAGCACGCCCGAGGAUAUGGCAUCGUACGAGAUCUGUUCAGACUACGUGGACGUCAUCAUCGACUUCACCGAGGUAUACGGCAGCUGGCAGCGGACCCCGGAGUGGCGCAAGCGCCUCGAGGGCCCUCCCUGGGAGCAGAAACUCGAGGACCAGGUCGCGUGCGAAUGGGCUGAGAGCGGCAUGGUGUUGGCGGAUGCGCAGCGUCCUAUCAUGCUCCGCGAGGUGGAUAGGUUCCUGGCGCUCGUGGCUAUCAUGAAGGAGGGCAGCUAUGAGAAGAUGCCGCAGAUCAACAUGAAUGUGGACGUUGUUGUUAAGGGGUUGACGGAGUUCUUUGAGAUUACAAAGUCCAAGAUGACGCCGACAGCCGUGCCAGGGGGUGUUACGGCUGUGGGAGGGAAUGGGGUGAUGAAUGGCCACGGGGUGGUGGGUGAUGGUCGUUAGGGAUUUCAUCCGGUUGUUUGAGGCCGUCAAUGAAAUGCUGAGAUGAGCAAAGAGAAACAAAAGAAGCUUGGCGUGGGAGGCUACCUUGAUGAAGAAUUAUAUCCUGGCUUUUGUCCUUGAUGUAAAGAAUACAAAAAACAAGCAUAUUUAUCCUGUUAUAGUCAGCUCCAACUACUACUGUUGUC